AACAUUAUGGAGCCUGUGAGUAUUCUGAGUCAGUUGACCUCAGGGAAAAAACUUUUAGUUCAGAAUUGAUGGGAGGGUGAGGAAUCUGAUGGAACGUGUCAGGGUGAAAAAGUUGUGAAUGUAGAACUCUCCUAGCUCCACAUCAAUAGGUAGGUAGAGAGAGGUGUGUGUGUAAAAGUAAUCAGGUGAGUUUGGAAACCAAGGCAAAGACUUGUGCGAAUAGGACCUAUUAUUUCCUUCCUGAAGUAGAAAAAGCAAACGACGCCCCUCCCCAAGCGAAAGUGUAUAUAGUACCCAGGACCCGCUAAGAACAUUCCACCAUUUGUACUGGCAGAAAUACAAGAGCAUCGUUAGCUAACCCGUGUUGUUAGGAAAAAUACAGGAGUAAUAAAUUAAAGAAGGGUUUCCUCCCCUUUCCUAAGACCCCACAUCGGCUCAUGAGGGAACCUCCGUGCGGCGGCGGGGGUGGGGGCAGCGAAGAAGAGGGCGUGUAGGGCUCCUGUUUAGCCCACGUCGUGAGCAUGGCGGGUGGAUCAGCCAAAAGGGCGCAGCAGCAGCGCCUGUAGCCUCAGCGAGACCUUCGCGCCGGGCGCCGCGCCUCUGGUUUGAGUUUCAGCGCGCGCUGGUUGCCUCAGGACGCGUAGUGUGGCUCCGGCGCCCACCUGAGCGGGAACGCGAAGAGGAGCCCCUGCCUGACCAGAACGGAAGGUGCCGCCGAACCGCCCCUGCGAUGCAGCCCCUGCGGUGGCUCCUCUUCCUCUUCCUCCUCCUGGAGGGAGUGGCUGCAGAGGAAGGCCGCCGAGGAGCCGCCGCAGCCAAGCCGCCGCCGCGCUUGGGCGAGAAGCGCUGCGCCCCUUCGUCCCCUCUGCCAGCCCACAUGGUGAACCUGCUCCGGAGAGCCCUUCCCCAGGCGGACGUCAUCCGGAGCCUGCGGCCGCACAGUGUCCGUCAAGUGGGACAGAGAUGGAGCAUAAUUUUCAACCUUUCAAUUUGUCAGCAAGAGGAAUUGCAGCUAGCUGAGUUAAGACUCCAGCUUCCCGGCUCUGAAGAGAAAUCUGUCUUCAGCAGUGCCCCAGUAUGGGUAGACCUGUACCACCAGCAGGAAAUAGCUUGCCCAAGUAAUCACAACUGCUCACACAUCAUCCACAUAGGCUCCUUUGGAGCUCCUGCAUCAUUGCCUUCAAGCUGGAUAGUCCUCGAAGUCACAGAACCGCUCUUGAAGUGGGCCAUAAACAGCAGUUUAGCAGAGGAAGCUGUUCAGAAAACUCUAUGGCAUGAACACCAGCAUACCGAACAUUUCCCAAGGCAAGUAGCUAACCAGUGUGGCUCUCCAGACAGAAAGGCAUUCUUAGUACUUUUCUUUAGACUCUCCAAAGAAGAGAAAAAAUUAAAUAGCUCAGCCUUGCUCCAGACAGUGAAAGGAUCUAAAUUCUUUAUGCAGGGGACCCCAAAAUAUACAAUGCCACUUUGGAGAAGGAAGAGACAUAGACGCCAGAAGAAAUUCCAAGGCUUGUCUUCGUUGAGUUUGAAAGAGCCUAAAAUCGAAAACCUGUGCCACAGGGUGGAUUUCUAUGUCGAUUUUGAGGAGAUAGGGUGGGGCUCCUGGAUUAUAUACCCCAAACGAUAUAAUGCUUUCCGCUGCGAUGGAAAAUGUCCAGUCCCUCUGGAAGAGAAAUUCCUGCCAACAAACAAUGCUUAUAUGCAGAGCGUGCUUAAAUAUUAUCAUCCGGAAAAAGUUCCUGCUGCUUGCUGCAUCCCAGUAAGACUGAGUCCUCUAAGCCUGCUCUAUUAUGAAGAAGGAAGGGUUAGCCUGGGUCACCAUGAAGAUAUGAUUGUAGAAGAAUGUGGCUGCCGCUGAGAAGACUGCAGAGUUUGGCAGAUGAUUCUGUUUCAAACCUCCUCCCCUGGCAAGAUGAAAGAAGGUUCACCAUGUGAAGAGGACAGCACUGGUGCCCUUGACCUGCAAUAGGUGGUCACUAAGACAAUGUGGGGAGCUCAGCUUGGAAGAUAGCCACCUCUUGUGUACAAAAUUGUGAAAUUUCUGAAGCAGUUGUGAUUGAUCUUUAAUACUGAAUGUGAGAAUGAAAGACUGAUAGACGAAAGCUUCAGGUUUGUCUGCUGAUCAGAAAGGAAUGCUAGGACUAAAGUGGAGUAAAGAAAUAUCUUUAAUUCUCCACUAAGAGGUGACACCAGCCUCCCUCAAGCUCCCACGAUAAAGUGGUUUUGUGAAACUGUCCUUACAUAGUCAUAUCUAAGGCAGUCUGGAAAACUGCAUUAAAGCACCAUCAUUUGCUGUGGGGCCAAUAUGGCUGAAAGAUAACGAUCUUAAAUAUUGAGAGCAUGGGAAAGCAACUGUCUGAGCAAUGUAAUUAUAAACCACAAUGUGAGGGGACCAGUUGACAUGUAAGGGGCUGCUAUACAUGAAAUAUUGUUUUGGUAAAAUGUCUGCAUCUUUGUUACAAAAAAAGCACAAUGACCAUUUCACUACUCUCACCCACUCAACCGCUGAAAUAAGAUUUAAGAACGUAUUUCAAGCAGGGAUAAACAGCUCAUUUAGAAGUAACAUUUCCACUAACUUGACAGCUGACUAGAGAGGAAAGGAAAAAUUAUUCUUCUACCCCAACUGCAUUUCUCAUUGGGAUAUGAAAUGACUGAGUAAAAAGCAGAUCCCAUUUUUUUACUUGUAUAAAUAAUAUUCCUAGUCAUUUGUUCGAACAUAAUAUCUUAAUGGACAUUUUAAAAAGUUUUAGAUAUCUGUACAGCGGGAAUUGUUGGUAGGGAAGUCAGAGGCAUUCAGUCACCUAUUGCUUCCUAAAAUAGAAUGGCUAAAAUCCUGUUGGUAUAACUAUAUCUACACAAGGGUGAUGAUGUCACUAGCAGGGGGAGAUUUCAUAUGAUUAAAGACUAGAGAUGGGCACAAACCGGUUCAUUCCAGUUCGUCCUGGUUUGUAAAGGCAGCAGCGCAGGUGCUGUUGCUCCCCUCCCCCACCUGCACUGCCUCAAAGAGCCACUCACCUGGGCCAGCGUGAUAGCUUCUGUCACCUCUUCAACUUCUGUCACCUCCUCAACUGAUUUUCCU